AUGCCGACACAUAACGUCUUGUUCUGGGUGACAUUGCCUGUCCUAGUGGGCAUGGUUCUUUACCAAAUAGGUCUCCAGAGUUUCCUCCCUGCUUCAAUCCAAAAGUACACUGGAUUUAAGAUAUUUCGCAGUCUAUUUGAAGAAACAUACUGCUAUGCUUCCAUCAAAACGCUCUCUUCAGAUCUGGACCAAGCUGAGUGUUUCAGCAUCUCGAACGGGAAGUUCUCGAGAGUUUUCAACGAUGACUUUAUCAAGCAAGACUCGUCCUACGACGCCGUUAAGGACGCACGUGCUGGAUAUGUUUACCCUGGUUUCUGGGAUGGACACGGGCAUUUGAUCCAAUUGGGGGAGCUUCUUAACUCUGUAAGCCUCUUUGGAGCAGAGUCAAUGGCUGAGGUACAAGAUCGACUUGUUCAGUACAAAGCAAGUCAUCCAGAAGAAGGCACCAGCAAACGAUGGUUGAGGGGCGUCGGUUGGGAUCAGGCUAAGUUCAACGGCAAAUGGCCGACGACAUCCGACCUUGAAAUCAACGAAGCCUUCAAGGACCAGUAUGUCAUGCUUGACCGAGUCGACGUGCACUGUAUCUGGGUAUCCAACAUGAUUCUUGAUCUCCUUCCAUCACCACUACCUGAGGUGCCCGCUGGAGGUGAGAUUGUAGCCACAGGCAUCUUUUGCGAUAACGCCAUGGACAUGGUACUGGAAUACUACCCAAAACCUGGCAAGGACCGCAAGUCAAAAUUUGUCAAAGACGCCAUGUCUGAACUAAACAAGCUUGGCAUAGUCGGUAUGCACGACGCUGGUGUCAUUCCUGGCGACUUGAAGCUGUAUGAGAGGUUGUCAACUGAUGAAGACUGGACUGUGAGGGUGAAUGCAAUGAUAGAGUGCGACGCUCGCAACACCUUCUGUCCGCAUGACGUCAAGAAGAUCAGCACAACCAAUGGAAUGUUCCACGUGCGCAGCGUCAAGCUGUUCGGUGAUGGGGCGCUCGGCAGCUGGGGAAGCGCAAUGAUUGACCCUUACAGCGACAAAGAGAGCUCGAUUGGCUCACUACUCGUAAACGCAACCGUGCUCUCAUCGUUGACUCAGAACUGGGCGGCCGAAGGUUACCAAGUCAACAUUCAUGCCAUAGGAGAUCGCGCGAAUCGACUGGCCAUCGACGCCUUUGAAAUAACUCUGAAGCUCCAAUGUCCGGAAAUUACAAGGCUCAAGGAAUGUCAACAACAGCAGCAUCGCUUCCGUAUCGAACACGCCCAAAUUAUUCACCCAGACGACCAGCGUCGUAUGUUCGAGCUCGGCAUCAUUCCUUCCAUCCAGCCAACGCACGCCACCUCAGACAUGGGAUAUGCGGAAUCUAGGCUCGGGAAACAGCGAACAGCAGAUGAAGCUUACAGAAUGCGCUCGCUCCUCUCUCUCGGCCCAGUCCUUGGUAGCGAUUUCCCGGUCGAGCCGGCCAGCAUCUUCGAGGGCAUGUAUGCAGCGACCACACGGCGGAGUCCACUGACAGGCCUCGAUCCCAGCGGUGGCAAGACUGGAUGGUAUCCAGACGAGACGCUUACCGUUGAGGACGCGUUGAAGGGCUUUACUAUCAACCCAGCGUACGGUGCUUUUCUAGAGGGUAACGCUGGUGUCAUACAAGAGGGUGCGUGGGCGGACUGGGUUGUGCUUGACGAGCCAUUGGAGGGCAUGGACUUGGAGGAUCUACGAAAGGUCACUGUAAGAGAGACUUGGAUAGGUGGCAAAAUGGUCUACCAACGCCCGGGACACUAG